AUGCACACACGGUUGUUAUAUUGGCGAAAAGAACCACAGACAAACAAAGACACAACUUUAAUGAAUCCGAACUUGUUUAAUGCCCGGGAUAUUCGAAUUCCUUACGGUGAGUGAUAUAUUGUAUUUUAUUUCAUGGUUUAUGAUGAAUUUUUCUUAAAAAAUAUUUUUUUGAAGAGUUGGAUGUCAUCUGCUUCUUUAAACCAAUAUCUGUUUCAGCGAGUUUGAUGCGAACGGUGGAAACGACGAAUUAUGGCCAGCAACCUGUUUUCCAAUCCGAAGACUUUCCUGCGUUACCCGGGGCUUCAGCUCAGAACGGAAGCAACGGUCGAGGGCAGCCUUUAACGAAUUGUGCUGUGAAUAUGAAUAGCUCUACCUCUCAAGUGAGUUAAUAACUAGCUUUUUUCAUUUUUUGAGUUUAGAAUGUGAAUAUGGACGCGGAGAACCUGUUGAACGGAACGACGGAGAACGGACGGACGCUUCAAGGUAUUCAGACCGAUCCCAAUGGUAAGGCCGAUAUUGUUUUAGUGGUUUGAAGGGUUUCUUCAAUUUUUUGUUUGUUUUGUAGUUAGUUUGGUCAAGAAUGGUUAGAAUCUUGUUUUGGAUGGUUUAGAGUAGUUUAUACAAACUUUUGUGAAUUUCUUGAUUAACCUUAUGUUUUCUCGGUUGAUGGUCAGAAUUUGAUGAAUUUAGUACAAGUUCUGCUGUUUUUUAAAAAUUAAUGUUAUGAUUGUUCAGGUUUUGUGUCCAACAUUCCGUCUGGCAUGCUAACGGAUCAAUACGGAAUAGCUGGAAUGUUGUCGUUUUUGAGAGCGAUUGAUAGGGACCCUGCGAUUACCUCUAUGGCACUGGGCUAUGAUCUCAACAAUUUGGGGCUCAACUUGAACUCAUCGGAGUAAGUAUUUACUAUAACAUGCGCUUUUGCUAGGUUUAUCUAAAUUUUUAAUGAGUUUUGUUGCUGUUGAUGGGAAAAUUAGAGCUUUUAAAGCAAAACCUGAAGAUAACCGGAUUCUUUGACGUAUAUUUUGUUAUUUUAAUCGUUUAUUGGAUUUAAAUUACUGUUUUUAAUAAAUUGUGUUUUAGACGAAACUUGUACUUAACGUUUGGAGGCCCUUGGGCGGACGCUCCAUGUAGGAUUCAAGACUUGGACGUGAAAGUACCGGAGGAGUAUCUGACGAAUGGAAUGAUACGGGAUAAGCUGCCUCAAAUCAAGAUGAAUAAGUUAACGGAAGACGUGUUGUUUUAUAUGUUCUACAAUUGUCCUGGUCAGGUGUAUCAGCUGGCAGCUGCUUGCGAAUUGUGAGUUUAUUUACUUAAGAUUUUACAGUGUUGUAGGCGCUGAUGUUGUUUGAGCUAUUAAUUUUGAUGAAAACGUAUAACUUUUUUCUUUGUUUUUGGCUUUUUAUUUUAAAAAGUAACCAGCUAUUAACAUUCAUAAAUUGUUUCCUUUGUUAAGCUAUUGUAUUUUAUGGUUUCUAAUUGACUGCUUGCAGGUACAAUAGAGAUUGGCGGUUUCACAAGGAAGAGAAAGUGUGGUUGACAAGGACGGCUUACUUGGGAGUAAAAGAGCAAACCACCGAAUACGAGAAAGGUCAAUACAAUGUGUUCGACCCUGUCCAAUGGCGAAAAGUAAGUACAUCAUGUUCAUUUGCAUUUUCCAUGUUUAGAUCCCGAGAGAGAUGAUAUUGGAGUACAAAAUGCUUGAAGCUCGACCUCAAGGCCAAGGUUCAAGCACUCAGCUACUCGGUUGCAACGCGAACCCACCUCCAUCUGGCUCGGCCGCUCCCGGAGCACCUCAGAUGCCACCCUUCUCGAAAUGA